AAUGGUGAAAAAAAUGCAAAGAUAAACCUAUUGGUUACUGUGCGCCACGACGCUACACGUCCACCGGUGUGCCCCUUUAGGUUGGAUCAUAAUGACCCGGACCUGUUCUUAUCUUCGAAGCCGCGCAAGAAGAUGGCAUGGUGUGCGGUUCCUCUACACGUAUCCUUUUUCAACUUGGUAUCGGAGAGCGAAGUGUUGCAGCGGCAGAUUUUACGUUACGAGCCGGUCAGCCUGGACAACAUUUAUGCGACCCUCAAGGACGCUGGCUUGCGAUAUGAAACAAAUGAUUUAAUAGCCUUUCUCGAUAAACACUGCAUAACGUUCCGAAGUGGGGCUUCCGGUGAAGGGGAACGCUCGAAAACGAGAGUAAAUUGUAGUUAAAAGUAAAAAUGUCCCUCAAAUAGCACCGUGAGCAG